GGGCCAGAGCGUCGGGUCUCGAGGCGUCAUUUUAAUCGAAAGAAUGAAACGCCGGACGGAGAAUCACAUUUUCGACUUUUCGUUCUUUCACUUCGACCGGACUCGGCCACGAGCAAGCGGUCGUUGAAGCCUUUUCUGGCAUCCUUUCGCGGCGCAACUUACUCUGACAAUGAUACGCACAAUGCAAUAAAUCGGAACCGCGCUUUUACGCACCUAAGAUUCAGAGGAUUUUCGUCCAAAUUCUUAGGAGAUUAGAUAUCUUAAAGGUCGUUCCAAAGGAGGUCACGAGAAACUGGUGUAAUCGGAGUAUGUACCAAAUUUUAUGGACAGCGCCUCUUUCGAAUUUAACCAUGCCGCCGAAGCAAAGGAAAAUCGCUAUUAUGGGUUAUAGGUCCGUGGGAAAGUCGUCUCUCAGCAUACAGUUUGUCGAAGGACAGUUUGUUGACUCUUAUGAUCCAACGAUCGAAAACACUUUCACAAAAAGUACCCGGGUUCACAGCCAAGACUACGAGGUUAAGUUAGUCGACACGGCAGGUCAGGAUGAGUAUAGUAUAUUUCCCACGCAGUACUCGAUGGACAUUCACGGAUAUGUAUUGGUAUACAGUAUAACUAGUGCGAAGAGUUUUGAAGUUGUACAAAUAAUUUAUGACAAGCUAUUGGACAUUACAGGCAAAGUUCACGUACCAAUUGUAUUAGUAGGGAAUAAAACUGAUCUCUACGUAGAUCGGAUGAUUUCCACGGAACAAGGUAAACGUCUCGCGGACUCUUGGCAUGCAGCUUUUCUGGAAACUAGUGCAAAACAGAACGAGUCCGUUGCCGAUAUAUUCCACACGUUAUUAAUCGAGAUUGAGAAGGCGGAUGGCAACGUUCACGAGAAGCCAAAUUGCAUCGUCUCUUGAGUUCGAUUAGCUAGGGUCUUGGAACGAUGCAACUAACGUUAUCACAAUUUUGGCACAUGUAAAUGAGUCGAAGAAGGAAAACCUUAAUUUAGUUCGGCAAUAUUACAAGCACCGAGAGGAACGCCUGACGCCCUGGUCGCAACGGUUCUACGGUCGCUUAAUUUCAAAAUUGGAUCGAGGGGAAGCAAGACCAGUAAAUUUUGAAUAGUCUCAAUUAUUGUUCACCGGCUUGGUGUUUGUAAUGUACUCGCCAUUACGUAUUAUUGGAUACAGGAACGUGUAAAAGAAAAAAAAAGAAAGCAUCGACCGCGAUCUCUCUUCGAGCCGACAAGUGCGUUCAAUGGGAUACAUACCGGAGAGCAUAGGUCAGCAUGGUACUCGUAAUUGCAAUAUCUAGUGAAUACCCUGCAUCUUUCCCUGCGACAUGGAGCUCAAGAUCGUCGUUAGUGGACUCCUGCAUCGGACGUUACGUACCUGGACAUUGUGUCGAUAAACGAUUUUUUUUCUCGUGGGUGCAGAUGUAUCGAGUACACCGAUGCGAGUUUCAAUUCGUCGGUGAGCUGUCAAAGAUCACGUGUUCCUGACACAUCGGUCUCAUUUCGUUCUCUUUACUUUAUAUUAAGGCUAUAGGAUUACGGCACACCUAGUGCCGUACCUCCGGGAACUCGUUGACGAUGCGAUGCUCCGAAUGAGCUUCUGUCCGCCGAGAAUUCGAUUUUUGACAUUUUUUUAACAAGCGGAAGUUACGAUAUCUACCAUCAUAGGUACAUACGCGAGAACGAUGCAUUUGAGAGAAUAGUUCGCUCUAGGCGGGCAUCGCAUCGUUCGAGUUCUCGACGUACCGUAGGUUUACGUGCUAAAGAUGUAUACCACCCUCGAAAGAGAGAAGACAUGUAAAUACAAAGAGAGCCUGACGUCGUACGACGCGAGGUAUGUAAUAACCGUAAAAUAAAAAUGGAAACGAAA